GGUUUCUAAACCAAACCCCUCCUUCACAUCUCAUGUCAAUCACUCGAACAGCGACGAGAUCAGCCAGACCACUUCAACUUUUCUACACGCCUCUACGAACACAGAGCUUCAACAUGUCGAGCACCACCGCAGGACAGGAUACUCCCACUUUUGGGCUCAAAGAGCGACAACCUUCGACUGAGGAGAAGCAGUUGAUCGACGAUGUCUUGCAGUUGUACAAGCUCAACCCCAUCUCGUCAGCUUAUGCGAGGUACGCUGAGAAUGCAAAGUUUCACGAUCCCAUCGGAAUCGCUGAAGGCUUGAACUCGAUCAAAGCCCAAUUCAACAGCAUGCCAUCCAUCUUCUCCAAGUCUGAAGUCAAAGGUAUGAAAGUAUUGGAGAAUCCCGAAGUCAAACCACCUUCUGUCCAAUUCGCCCUGUCUCAGCUUUACACCUUUAAAGCUGGCAACAUGGACAAACUCGUCAAUUCCAAGAUCACCCUUCACGUCGACCCAUCGACUAACCAGAUCACCCAACACGACGAAGAAUGGGAUGGCAAGCCCAACUCGACCGGAGAAGAUGGCUUCUUUGGCAAGCUCAACGAGAUGCGAAAGAAGUUCACUGCCAACACUGUCGAGAAGAUGGCUGAUACUAGGCCAAAGGAUCAGCAGAAUUAGCUUGGUAUUCACCAAAGUUUGACAGGACAGAUGUUGAUUACCAGUGACA